AGGAAGAGGAGGAAGAAGUGGGGAACGCCAAGAAGAGGAAAAGAAAUCUCAGAGUUCGUGGUCCUCGAAUACGUGGUCCGCUCGCCCACCAUCGCUGAGGGAUGGGAGAAAAACCGGCAGGUAAUGUUGAUAUGGAAAGAUGAGAUGCACACGAGAAAGAUGGUUUAUCGAUAGAUUCCAAUGCUUUGGGGGAGUAUAGCAGGUGAGAGUGGGAGCAUUGCAUCCUGAUACGCUGAGCAAAAGGAGACAGUGAUUGCUUCCAAGGCUUUGCGGGAGUAUAGCAGGUACGAGUGGGAGCAUUGCAUCCUGAUACACAGAGCGGAAGGAGACUGUAAGGAGAAGAGAGCUGUAGUUCUCAUCAACCUCCCUCCUUACACUCUUGCCGAAAUCAUGGGAAAUAUACACCACCUUUUUCUACAUGUGCAGCUUGUGGUGGUAUGGUGUAUUUCAUUGAUCUGGGGUAGCAACAUCGGAAUGGCUUUACAUGACGUGUCUCUCACGAGAAAAAUUAUGCAAGUUGAGGAGUGGAGUCGAGGUGUUGCAGUUGACUCCUUCCAAGGGAUGCCAUUUCAUAGCACAUAUCAGCCAUCAAACCGACGAAAGAUGAGGGUACAGGCAGGAGUUGAGCUAGUGAACACGCGCAUACUACUGGGGAAUGUUAGCGAUAUCCUUGCAGAUAGCGAUAGUCAUUCAGAGGGUUAUCGUCACGAGAUUCGGGGUGUGGAUGUCGCUGCAGACACGAACACAGUCUACUAUGUGGAAAGGGCUUGUCCGGAGAACACGACUGGCGGGGUGUGUUCUUCCAGUGUCAAGUCAGCUGCUCCCUUGGAGUCAGGUGGAUUCAACAUCUCCAACAUCAUAGCACCCGAAACCGUCAAUGGUUCAGAACUGUAUGGGGUGGUGGUGCUUGAAGACAAGACAAGUUUGAGUUUGCUCAUCGCAGAUAACGAUAACUCCUUGUUCUGGAAAAUGAACCUGACGUCAGGUCAGCUGCAGAAUAGAACUUUGAAAGUGUAUAGGUCUGAGAAUAACAGCACUCUUUCCCCUGUCCGUUUUGCGUUGAGGCCGGAUCCAAAAAGGCCAACGUUUUUUGUAGCUUCCAGGUACCGAAUUAUCAUAAUAGAAGGACAUGACGAUCCUUUUCAAGCACCGUCGGACUCAGUACGUAGACUUGCCGGACCGAUUGAUUCCACUCCCACGCCCGGGUAUGUUAAUAGCGACGCACCUCAGGAUGUUCGCUUUAAGUCACCGAUAAUAGGGCCGCGGUCGUAUUCCAAGUGCGGAUCCAGCUUGUAUGUUGCUGACACAGAUAAUAAUGUGGUGAGGAAGAUCAAUACUAAGACGGGCGCGACAACAACAAUAGCUGGAAUCCAGAACUCAACCGUGCCAAGCAGCGUUGAUGGACCUCCACAAAAUGCAACACUAUAUGGACCAACGGCUUUGGCACUAACAACAGACUGCUGUAACUUGUUUGUUGCUGAAGCAGCUCCUGAUGGUAAGAAUGGUGGAGCAAUCCGUUGGCUGCCAUUACGGCACAAGGAUGGGGAAGUACUGAAUGUCACGACAGUUGCCUUCAUUAACGCGAGCUCUCCGCUGAACUUCACAGCACUGACUCUUUCGCAGUACGAUAACUUCAUGUAUGCAGGGACCAAUGGAAGUAACAUUUUCCGACUCGUCUUGAACAAAUCUCUUCUUCAUCAAUGUCCGAAAGCCCCAGAAAAAAACUACUGGGUUAUUAUACUUACUGUAACUUUAACAUCGGGAACAUUCAUCGCUAUUGUUCUGGCUGUCUUGUUUUACCGGAGACGCCUAUGUGAGUGCCAUAAGGGUGGCCAGCAGCAGGGUCAAGAAUCUCAGUUGGGGGUCCCUCUGCCGCAAGCGAAGGGACCAGCGACUCUGAAAAAGAGUGUCAAUCCAGAAGACAACGCGGAUAUCGACUCCUGGUCCUGGGGGGAAGCCUCAGACAGCGUCAGCUUUGACGAGAUGAACACUGCUGAGGAUCUCGCGCGAGUGGUAGACAAAUAUGACAUCAGGCUUGAUGGCACCAGGGAGUUCUCACUUGCCAAGCUGAUGGAAGCAACAAACAACUUUGGGGGGCAGCAUCUCCUGAACGGUGUGAGAGGGGGAUACGGCGACAUGUACAGGGCAUCGCUGAGGGUUGGCGCUCGGCAAAAGGAUGUUGCCAUUAAGCGUAUGAGAGGGGAGUUGACGGAAAUGAAGUACAGCCAAUUUCGUGCAGAGGUCAUAAUGCUGAGCCGCCUUAGGCACGAGAAUGUGUGCCGGUUGAUAGGGUAUUGCAAGGAGGGAGGCCACGGCAUCCUUAUCUACAAGUUUGUCACAGGUGGCAGUCUGCAUGAUAGGUUGCACGGACGUGCAGGGAGGUCAGUUUUGAGUAACAAGUCACAAUUGAGGGAGGAUGAGUCACAAUCAAGGUGGAGCAAGUCACAGACGAUUACGGACGCCGCUUCCAGCACUUGUGACAAUCCUUCUUUUUCAUCGGUAGCAGAAGCAGGAGGUGAAUUGAACACAGAAAACACAGCAAAGACAGAAUUCUGUUGGGGAGAACGUCUGUCGGUUGCGCUGCAGGUGGCCACUGGUUUGCGGUACCUGCACCAUGAGGUGAAACCAAGGGUUGUGCACCGCGACAUCAAAUGCCACAAUGUGUUGAUAGAACGAACAGAGGGGUCCAGGAGGAUGCGUGCAAUCAUAAUUGACUUUGGGCUUGCAAAACUUGAUGCUAGCUAUGUCCCUGAAUCAGAUUUGACUUGUGGUGAUGAAGAGGGGAUGACUGUCCGUACUCUAGCUCGUACGGGCACUCCGGGCUACAUGGCACCAGAAUAUGCCUGUCACAGAGAAGUGACGCCAAAGAGUGAUGUCUAUGGUUUCGGAGUUGUUCUUCUGGAGUUGGUGACGGGGAGGAAGGCAGUGGAGAAAGUGAUUUCCGCAGAUGGGCGUGACGUUGGCGCCGUCAAUCUUGUUCAGUGGUCGCGAAAAUGGCUCUCUGCCAAAAAGCCCGUUGACUCGGAUGUGAACCACAUCGAUCGGCUGGCCACAGGCUUCUUCGAUCCUCGUCUAGUAUCUGGUCUUACACCGACAGAAAAGGUGACGAUGCAUGAUGUCGCACAACUGGGGUAUCGGUGCACCAUGGAUGACGCAACAAAGAGGCCAAAGAUGAAGAAAAUUGUGCUGAUGCUUGAUGGAAUCAAGAAGAAGCUCAAACAAGAUCCAGACGCCCUCAGCACAUUGCCCGAGGAGGGGGAAAGGUCGGGCUCUUCUUCAGAUGAUUGUCAUAGUGGGACGAUUGUCUCAAAUGGAAACAACAUGAUGGGGGGAUUUGCCCCAGAAAAGGUGUCAGAAUCCUAUGCGAAAGAGUAUGAAGCGCGUACGGAUAAGACAAGUCUGUACUCAUCCAGAUCUCUAUUCUCAUCCUAGUGCUUACCUUUUUUUCCAAAAGAAAAAGGGUGACGGCCAAGAGAUACCAUUGUUGAACUGACUGGCCCUAGGUAGUUCAGAAAUGAUUUGAUUUCGUUCAUCCGGAUUUGAACUCAGGUCUGCAUUUCAACAGUUCAUGGGUGUACCAGCAGAGCUAGGCCCGUCGGUAUCGCAAUGCAUACCUGUUGCUGGAGCACAUGGGAAAAAUUAAAUAUGACCUCAGCUUAAGUGA